GUCUGAGAAGACUGUCUCGUGCGCCUAGCUCAAGUAGUCCGCGUCGACAAUCGCGAAGUAUUCCGGGGCGGUUCGCGGCCUGGAGAUUCGGUCGUGUAGUGCUUUCAGCCGUCCAUCACGGCGCCGUGGAAGGAUACUUUCCUUUCAUGAAAUGAAAAAUGAUUGAAAAACCUGUGUUCUGAACUUCGUCUGGUCAUAACAGUAAAUGGAUGAUUAUCACACAUGUGACGACGGAAAGACUCGCUGCGGUGCCUUACAGUUUUAAUUUCGGGUUAGGCGAGAGGGUUGUGUUAUUUUAAAGCAUACAGGAAGAAGUGAAUAAAUUUGCCUCGAAAUAUGAUCGGCGAGUUCUAAUAAAAGGAACACUUACGGUGAGAAAUUUAAUAUCUUUGAACUAAUUUUUGAUGGAAGAGUGCCGGAACGUUAAGGAAUACCGUGGGCCGAGAUUAUAUCUUCGAAAAUUCUGUGACGGCCCGAAGUGGAAUUCAAAUUAAUUUUCUGAAGAUUUCCCAUUCGACCUCACGGCAUGCUCCUGAGUUCUUUUAUGAGAGGGUGAAGACUGCUGACACGCGACACACGACGAUGAAGGUAGCCGCAGCAAAGGAGGAUACGCCAUCGCGCGCCUGGUGUCUUCAGCUUCCAGGCACCGUGGACCAGAAGUUCUGGAAUGUCGUGUACUUGGGAAUAUGCUUUCUUACUUCAUCUGCCGCCAGCUCUACCAUCACAAAUCUGCAGAAGGUUAUUUUGGCGGGAAUUCACGAUGACAACCCCGAAUAUGAUGGAGACGGGUACAUUGGGCUUGCGAUAAGUUGCAGUUUCACGGCGGUGAGCCUAUGGCUGGCGCCAUCCUUCCUCACCCUGACCGGCUCCAAAAACGCCCUCAUCAUCGGUGCUGUAGGUGAGCUAAUCUUUUCUGGUUCCUUCUAUUUGGAGAGUACCUUGAUUUUUUACGUCGUCUCAGCCAUUUCUGGAGUCACUCACGCUUUGCUAUGGACAGGUCAGGGUGUUUACCUCAUCGAAAACUCCACACCAAAAACAGUUGUUCGGGACUCAUCAAUAUUUUGGUUUUUGUAUCAUAUCUCGCCUGUAUUGGGAAAUGUUUCUGCUUUUUGUACGUUGGCAGGGAAGUCGAGCGUGGACGCGGGGACCCGGGUCAUGAUCCUCGACGUCAUGAACGUCAUCCUGGCCCUGUCCGUCGUCAUGUUCUGCUUCUUGCCGGCCUCGAGCCCCCGGAGGAAAAACCCCGACCAGGCCGCCGCCGUCACGGACCCCGCUAGCGAGCCCAAGCCAGAGGAUUGCGCCGAAGCCCUCAGGCAGGCCUGGCUCGUCUUCACUGAUACUCACAUGCUCGCCCUCAUGAUUCUCUUCGUUUAUUCAGGUUUACAAAUAGCUUACUCUGAGACUAUCUACAACUCAAGUGUUGGCUUUACGCUCAGCCUGAGUCAAAACGUGAAAGAGCUGGUACCGCUGACGGGUAUCUUCAAUGGAAUUGGAAUAUUACUGGGUGUGUGCAUUCAAACACUACAGCAAGCGAAGGCUUUCAACUGGACAAACUCCGUAUACCUGACAAUUGGAAUACAAUUCCAACUAAUAUGCUACGUUUUGACAGGGCUAAAUUUGCCGAACGAAUCGGCAUUUGGCGAUACGCAGAAAACUGGCGUUCUCUUCAACAGUGUUCCCCUCGCACUUUUAUCCAGCGUUUUGUUGGGAAUCGGGAAUAUGAGCAUCCAAACGUACGUCUCAUCAUUGAUUGCCACGCUAUUUUGGGAGAGGAGUUCUCAAGUGAGCGCUAUCUUUAACUUCUCCGAGUUCGUAUGGAGCGCCGUUUGCUUCAUCUAUAGCACCCGGAUAGGUCUUUACGCUCAACUUGUCAUCCUCAUCAUAACCGCAAUCUUAGGCAACAUCGUCUACAUUUUAGUAGAGACCCGUGUGAGGAAAAGAAGAGACGCAGCAUCAAGAAAAACAGCGGUAAACUGUGAUGUAGAGAAUAAUAAUCGGAAUAAUGAAUUAGUCAGAAAAUUAAAAGACAGCUACGUUAGCGCAGAGAUCAUGACAUUCAGAAUGCUUCCUGAGGAGUGAAAAAAAUCAAUGAUUUGAUUUCAUCAAACAUGAAAAAUCAGUAAAGAUCCGUUCAAGGAUCAUAACGACAACGUUACGUAUUGAGGCAUUGCGAGUGGUCAGCUCCAACAUCACAGGUUUUAGCGAGUUUGUCAUUGAGUACGUUUAUAUUGUGGUAGUACCUAACCCUCCUGCAUUUCGAUGGCCGAAGUUAGAGUGCCAAAAGUAUGGACAGCGGUGUGAUUAUUGAAAUUGAUAGACAAAGGAGACGAAAGAGAUAUGGAGGGAUCCUAUUAGUGGAAGCGGGUGGUUGCAAUGGAUAAAGGAUGUAGUUAAUAGACCAACUAACGGCAACCCACGAGAGACCCGAUAGUUAGCCCAUCAUUUUCUCCCUUAGUCUACAGGAACCAUCCAUAUCAACCAAUAGGAUCGCUCUAUACUCCUUAGGUCUUCUUUGUAUAUUGCUUUGUCUAUCAAUACAAUUUGUCAAUACAAUUCUUUGCAUAUUAAUUUGUCUAUCAGUUUCCAUAAUCGGCCCACAGGUGUGAAACUCCGAAAAUCCAUCAGACUUUCACCGAUGCCCUUGCGAAUAAAGUCAGGGCCCAAAGGGGCAGCGAACCUACAUGAUUUUAAAUUUCCCAGAACGAUUAAUUAUUACAACUGUUACGACUCGUCGUUUGUGAGGCAUCUGUUUGACUUAUGGUUUUUGCAUGAAUUUACUCAUUUCUGCGGGAGAAAGCUCAUUAUUUAUAAACAUUCUCGGCUAUUUUGCAUUGAUUUUGGGAUCUGAGGAUUGGCAGUGGCAUUCCGUGUGUGUGGGGGUUUGCUGCCCUUUUAGAACGAUUUGUCCAUACUCUUGCUGUAUGCACAGCACAGGUACUCUAGUCAAAGUGGGAAACCACGUAUCUCCGUUGCGGUGUCUCAAAAGCUCUGCCUUUAUUUUAUUUUUUCGAAGAGAAGCAGGCAAACUUCAGAGCUUAACAUUUGUACAACAUAUUCUCCUAACAGAGAAGACAAAUCAAAAGGUUUGCAAUAAAUUACGUCGAAUCGCUUCCCGAAGAAAAAAUAAAGUAUGACAGGAGGUUUGCGAUGUCGCGAAUGGAUGUACGCGGUUCCGCAUAAUGGUCACUGAUUUGUUCGAUGUGUGCUCGUUUGCUCAUUUAUCUAGAAUUGGCAUUGCAUCCCCGAUCAAAAAGCAAAAGGGGGUGGUACUAUAAAUUGUGAUUGAGUAACAAUAAGGGGUAUGCAAUUUCUUAGCUCCGAAUUGAAGGUAGAGGAGCUCCAAAUACUCGUAAGUACUAAACCUGUGCGCGUCAUUAAGUCAUUAAACUAAUCACUUUCCACCUUAUUAGCUGAUAUAUUUGUUUUGUAAAGAAAACAGCCAUCGUAUUCGAUCCUAGAAAAACUCAUUGUUACAAAUGGACGUAUUUCUAUCAAACGAAACUAUGUGCAUUAAGACGUGAGCCUGUUAUGUAUUUAUUAUUAUGGGUCUCAGGGCUCACGUCUUAAUGCUCAUAGUUCUGUUUGACAGAAAUAAGUCCAAAUACAACGAUGAAUAUUCUCCAAUAAUAAUUGUUAAUGCAAUCCAAAGCAUAACAAACCUACCGAAGGAAUAGUGAUACGUUCCUCCGCUGAGGACGAUUAUUUUAAUUGUGUAAGAGAACAAUAAAUAUGUACGCAUAAUAGCUCCAGACUCAUCAGUGCAUGAAUUGAAUUUGGGUAUUCCUAAAAUGUAACAAAGGAUCAUUUUUCCAUCAUUCUGCCUUCCGGUGUUUCAAGUAAAAAUCACAAUUUGUAAUUUACCCUCGCAAUCAGAGAAACUUAGGGGUAAUCCACAGGCCUGAGAGGUGAAACUGUAAAAAAUGCGGUAGAUACGCACUCUCGUAAGGAGUCAAAGGUACUAACUUUAUAGUGUUUACUUAUACUCUUACGUGUUAUUCUUGGAAGUGAAUGACAUGAUAUUUCUUUGUUUUACCGCUAAUUAUUGACUCCAGCAAUUGCUUAUUGCAUUGUUUUUAAAACCAUAAGCACAGAUGUCUUCCAUAGUUGUAGCCUUUUUUUUUUUUUUUUUUUUUUUAAGCGAUUUAUUGCUCAAAUUUUUUUCUAAAUUUUACAAAUGUGUAUUAUUUCAAGUCAUAUCUAAUUAAAAUUUUCCCGUCGAUUUUUUUAAAAUUCUGUUAUUUUCAAGGUAUUGCCUUAAAAUUAAUUCCAAACUAUGGCGGCAUUCUUUAAGUGUUGCCGGAAAUUUCUUUAACAUAUAUGUUGACUCAAAAUUAAGACGGGAAAGAGCACAAAUCUUAUUACGGUUAAAUGCGAAGGACUAUGGUGCAUGUGCUUCAAAAUUUCAAAUUAGCCCGUAGUUCAAUUCAUGCAUUUUAUUAGAUGCUAUAGUUUCAAGGACUCUUAAAUUUUUGUAAUAUAUGACCCUGAGGUUCUUGAUUUUUUGGUACACAUCAUGAUAAAAUGGUUCGGAAAGAUGUAGUUGAUUAAGAUUUCUGUAAGAAUCCCAUAAAAAUUAUACCGUCAACUUGUAUUGCAAUUCGUUGACAGUUUCUUUCAAAGCAAGGAUUUUUACAGAACAAAAAAAAGUUUUUGGAGACGGUGCAUGUGUAUGUUAAGUUGCAUUUAUGUAUGUGAAAACAGAGACAUUAAGACAAACUUACAAAGUUUUGUCGUAAACAACAGCUGUUGUAAAUACCUGCAUAUAGGCUGCAGGCUAUAUGCAUUCCUAUGGGGAUGUAAGCUCAAGGCCGAAUGAAAUUAGUUUACGCAAUUUCAUUUGUCAGCGAUAAAUAGGUUUUAAGCCAAAAAACCUUACAUGUAGACUGAGUUUAACCAGGUGCAAUCAAACUAAAAAUGUAGUUCGUAUAUUGCAUUAGUACAUGAUGAGUCCAGUCUAGCUCUAUUGUUGAUAAUACUCCAAUAUUUUCAAGAAUAUCAAUGAACUUGUUUUUGCGUUGAAUCUUUUAAUUCAUCAAUUCAAUUUCACAUCAAUAGUUUAAUUGAAUUCAAACAAUCAGUUAAAGUGAAGGGAUAUAAAAAAAUGGACCAAACAUAAACGAUGAAACUUAAAGUGCGCAUGAACUUAAGGCAGCUAUACAUUUAGAAUUAACGUUAAAAUACUAUUUAAAACGAACAAUAGCUAUAAUGUUAACGGCAUUCGAAGAAUUAAUGUAAAUAUCAGUAUGUGUUCAUGUUUUUCAGUUUUUAUUUACAAAGUUCAAGAUGAAAGAUUGUACAAAAUAUAAAAAACAAUUGUUGGUUAAAAACAUGGAA